AUGUCCGGUCAACUUGAUGUCCUUGUCUAUGGUUUGGGAGCGAUUGGCUCCUUCUAUGCCUUUAUCCUCAGUCGCUCCGACCGUGUACGACUCUCAGUCGUAGCACGUUCGAACUAUGAGGCUGUGAAAGCAAAUCGCGGCUCCAAGGGAAUCAUCAUCAAUAGCGAGAAUCACGGCGAACAUAUUGUCCAUCCACAUCGAGUGGUAAAAUCCGUCGCCGAAAUUACACCAGUGGACUAUAUUGUGUGCGCCCACAAAGCAAUCGAUCAGGAUGAAGUGAUAGCUCAAUUACAGCCAGCUAUCAACAGCAGGACUACCAUUGUCGUGAUUCAGAAUGGCGUUGGUAACGAGGAACCUUUCCGAAAGCAGUUCCCAGACAACACGAUCAUAACCUGUACAUGGGUUGGAGCCACACAGACCAGUCCCGGAAUCGUCGCACAUGGCAAAUCCGAGGAUAUGCAGAUCGGUCUAUUCCCCAACCCCAAGCUGGAAAGGCAAGCUGAGCAAGAACGAGUUGAAACAUUCGCCGACCUCCUUCGAAAUGGCAAGACUCGGUUCCAGGUUCUUGAGAAUAUGCAAAUCCAGCGAUGGGAGAAGGUUGUUUGGAACGUCGCAUGGAACUCGUUGACUACUCUCACGCUGGUGGAUACAAAGACAUGGUUGAACUCAUCAGAAGAUGCGACGCCUUUUACACGCCGGUUAAUGCAGGAGGUUAUUGACAUCGCCCGUGCCUGUGGUGUACCGCUAAAAGAUGACCUGAUUGACCAGCUUAUGAACAAGAUCAAUGCCAUGCCCGGCAUUGGAAGUAGCAUGCAGACGGAUUGUAAAUGUGGACGGCCAAUGGAGAUCGAUGUCAUAUUGGGCUUCCCAGUGCGGAAAUCUCGUGAACUUGGUGUUCAGGCCCCCUUUUUAGAGACUCUCUACGUUCUUCUUCGCGCGGUUGAUGGUCGACUCAGAGCCGCGCGGUAUGAGAAAAAACUUGAUGCUUGA